UGGGGAGUCACAUGGAAUGAAUGGGCGUGGUUUUUGCUCACUUGCAGCAGCGGUUGAGUGUCUGGCGGUCUGGCCAAGUAGUUGGUUUUAACUAUUUUACAAAUGGAUAUCAACAAGCCCAGAACCAUCUACCAGACUGUGCCCUCUUUGAAGUUGUCAAAUGGAUAUAUCCUACCAGAGGGGAAACUGACUCCCAAUGCCCUCUUUGUUGGAGGGAUUGACAUGAAGGUUGAUGAAAAUGAAAUCCGCGACUUCUUUGCAAGAUACGGUGCUGUUAAAGAAGUAAAAAUCAUCACAUACCGUGGAGGGAUCUGCAAAGGUUAUGGAUUUGUAUACUUUAAUGAAGAUGUCAACAUUCAGUCAAUCAUUGAGCAACAAAUUAGCUUCAAAGGUCGGAAGCUCAAGCUGGGCCCUGCCAUCAUGAAAGAAAGGAGCCCACGCUCCAUGGCAUCCCGUCUAGUUGGACCAACUCCAUGGAUGAGUCCCACUCAGUAUAUUUACUGUGCUUGCUGCUCCCCCAUGGCAAGUGGGGUGACACAGCCCUCACCCAUAAUCAGUGGAGGAAGUCCAUACAAUCAGCCUUAUUCUUACACCAACUUUGGAAGUGUCGUGGUUCCACAGAUGCCGAUCAACUAUGCACAGAAUCCCUACACUUACCAGCUGAUCCCUUCAUCUCCCCCCCACAUGCAGUACACCCCUCCUGCCUGGACCGCAGACCAGAGGACACGGCCUGUCAAUCAGGUGAUUGGGCAUUCACAUCCUUGUAGAGCAAAAGCUUUGUGGACUGUGGAGUCCAGACGAUGCUUACUGUGCUGUAGUCCACAGCUGCAGAGCCCACUGACAGACCGCCGUGGCCUCAUCAAGUCCGAAAUGGAAACAAGACGACAUCUUGAUGGUUCCGAAUUUCUGGAAGCAGCUUUAACUCUUCACGGUGUUCCCAGAAUGCCCUCGCCUUUCUUCUUCAGCCUCAAAUCUUUUGAGAGCCAUUUUAACCCCAGACUGCGUGAGCUUUCCACUUUAACCGAUCCCGGCCACCUCGGCCGUGACUGGCGAGGUUGAUCCGUGGUCGGCCGCUUUUAAUUCACAUGGAUCACAGUGACCACCGCACAGAGAGAGGGGCGCACCAUGAGUGUACCAGCUAACGCACGGGAUCACAUUCUUCAGUCUGUUUUUCUUUUGGUUCUCUUUGUUUACCGUCCCUAACAAAAGAUGGAAAGACUUUUAAGCUUAAUCUCUGUGCUUAUUUAUGUUUUAUUUAUAUACAUUUUUUGGGUUAUUUUAAAUGUUUGUUUGGGGGUUUUAGCCUCUUUCUUUUCCUUGGAUGCCACCAAAGCAGAUGAUAGGAAGUAUUUCCUUAGCACCUCACCAGUUGGAGUCAUUUCUGCUUUUCAACUUUUCCUGGAGUUCACAGUCAAGGUCAAUCACGAUAUAGAUUUUAUUUGCCACCCGUCAUUAAUCAACUGCUGUAUUUCAAGCAAAGGAAUUGGAAAAUGAAAAGAUUUGUUAGGGAGUAGCAUUCCGUGUUACCCCCUCUAUUAACUUCUCACGGUUCGUCGUUCAGUGUUCUGGGUUUUUAUCGGAAACAGGGAGUCUUCCACUAAAGGGUUUUUAUAGAUAUUUCACAAGUGAGUGCACUUGAUGUGUCUUCAGUUCAAUUUUCAGAGUCAGCUGGAGGUGUUUGGGGGGGGGGUGUACACCAUGCGUGUGGUAUGCAUCACAUUUUCUUUGACUCGCUUUGGCGGUACGGACGUUGACCCUGAGGUCAGCUGUGCUCCGGCACACGCGUGUUGCUUUGUUCAGAGAGGCUUCUGCACCGUUUGCUGUUCGUUGAUUUUCCUGUUUGGUAGGGUUUGGAUGUUUUUCGUUAAAUAAUAAUAAAAGUUGAAUUUAU